AUGUCCACCACAACCCCCGCAAAAACCGAAAAAUCACUUCCGUUUUUAUAUCACUUUGCUGCCGGUGGUAUUGCAGGAGUCAGUGAAAUUCUUGUAAUGUACCCUCUCGAUGUGGUAAAGACGAGAUUUCAGCUACAGGACAAUACCACGGUUAGCGGCGAAAGGUAUACUUCGGUGAUGGAUUGCCUUCGAAAAAUCAUCAAGAAUGAAGGAUUUGGUCGACUCUAUAGAGGCAUCCUUCCCCCCAUCCUUGUGGAAGCUCCAAAGAGAGCCAUCAAGUUCUCGGCGAAUGAAAAAUAUUCUAAUUUAUUAAAAAAAUACUACGGAGUUGACAAGUUGACUCAAUCAAUAUCCAUUCAAUCCGGUAUCGGUGCAGGUAUCACUGAGGCAAUUAUCAUAGUUCCCUUUGAACUCGUCAAAAUCCGCCUCCAAAAUAAAGAGAAUACCGGAAAAUACACUGGCACCUUAGACGCCUUAGCCAAAAUUGUCAAGAAAGAGGGAAUACGCGCAUUGUUUAAUGGGUUGGAGGCUACUAUAUGGAGGCACGGAGCUUGGAAUGGUGGCUAUUUCGGUGUGAUUUUCGGUGUGAGAAGUAGUCUACCCAAGGCAACCAAUAAGCAACAACAGUUGAGGAAUAAUUUCAUUGCGGGAACCAUUGGCGGCACUGUGGGGACCAUGCUGAAUACUCCGUUUGAUGUGGUCAAAACCAGGAUCCAGAACGAUUCAGGACCGGUGAGGAAGUAUAACUGGACUCUUCCUGCUGUAGGCAUAGUUGCCAAGGAGGAAGGAGUCAGGGCUCUUUACAAAGGGUUCAUUCCCAAACUUCUUCGACUUGGCCCAGGAGGUGGCAUCCUCUUGGUCGUGUUCGAUCAAGUCACGACUAUGAUGAAAAAAUAUUUACUAUAG